AUCAGGCCAAGCAAAUAGAACUUUUAAAAUACGAUGUGUCAGAGAAAUCACAAAUAAUCGAAAAUAUGCACACCAAAACAAAAGAAAUUGCUUAUAAGAUUAACAAUUUGGAAGAAUUUGAAACUACGCCGCAAGUGGAUUUUGAGGCUAGCAGCUGUCUGCCAUUUGGCAACUCCAAUGAUAUACAUUUAAUAAAGGUGGCCGACGGAGAUGCGUUUUUCGUGCCCUGUGAUUCUCGACUAAGCGGCACCGGAUGGACCGUUGUGCAGCGUCGGAUCGAUGGAAGCGUUAAGUUCAAUCGAAACUGGCUGCAAUACCAGGAGGGAUUCGGCAAUUUGAGCGGCGAGUUUUUCAUAGGCCUCGAGAAGUUACAUCGCAUGACAACUGCCCAGCCCCACGAAUUAUACGUGCACCUAACCGACUUCAACAAUGAGAGCAGCCACGCGUAUUAUGAUAACAUAAUUGUGGGCCCCGAGAGCGAGCAAUAUGCACUGAGCGCUCUCGGCGAGUACUCUGGCAAUGCUGGUGACUCGAUGCGCGAUAAUGAGCAUCAGAAGUUCACAACCUUUGACAGGGAUAACGACAUGAGCGAAUUUAACUGUGCCGAGACUUGCUUAGGUGGUUGGUGGUACAACAACUGUGGCUUGAGCAAUCUCAACGGACAGUACACAGAGCGUGAUGUGUAUUAUGAUAACUCCGAGUAUGGCAUUUUUUGGGACGAGUGGCAGGGACCGGGGUAUAACCUGAAAUCAGUGCAGAUCAUGAUCAGGCCAAAGUUGGAAUCAAUUAAGUGAACAUUUCAUAUACACGAAUCCCUUUCUGUUAUUCAGUGGAAUAUAUUAAAU